UUACGUUCUCUGUGGUAAAGUGUCCAAUACUUUUCUGUUUAUGUUGUGUCAGAAAUUGCGGAAAAAUAGAGAUUUUUCAUUUUAUUAAAUAUUCGUAGACAGUUUGUAAAAAUUUUAUCUACCGUCGCAAGUAAAUAUACUGUAAAGAACAUAAUUGUGGGUUACUAUUGCAAAAGGCAUGUUGGAGAACGAAGUGCUGGCGUUACAAAAUCAAUUGACCAUCGCACGCAAUGAAAUAAACAAAUUGAGACAACAAGUUCGCAAUUUGCAGCAUGUUCAGAGAAAGGAUAUUGAUGGUGUUGCGCGUAUGCUGCGGGAGUUUCGUUGCGAAGGCUGUCGUCGACAAACUGCUGAGGAGAAUACACGGAACAGCAAUGUUGCGCCAAAGCAGAAUCCGCACGCUGAUGAUUCUAAUGCGGAGGCGUAUGGAGGUGUGCGUUGGCAGCAAAUUGGUGUAAUACGCACUGCAUUUCCAGAAAAGCGUGCAGUGCCGCGACAGUCGAGUGUGGGCGGUCGCCUGCGAGGUAUUGUUGAAUUAAAUGCCGAUACAUUUACAAAUCCUGAGCACGCGCUAGAAGGAUUGGAAGAAUAUUCCCACAUGUGGCUAAUCUAUCAUUUUCACAAAAACAAUGCACACCCAAAGGCCAAGGUCGCCCCGCCGCGCUUGGGUGGAGAACGGGUGGGUGUAUUCUCAACUCGAUCUCCGCAUCGUCCCUGUCCAAUAGGUUUGUCCUUAGUGGAAAUUGAAAAGGUCGACGGUGCAUCGAUUACAUUCUUUGGUACCGACAUGGUGGAUGGUACACCAUUGUUAGACAUUAAACCAUACAUUCCGUUUUAUGAUUCGCCAAUGCAGCCAUUGGACACAGGCCGCGUAUCUGUUGGGCCAUUGGAAACCCUGGAUUUUUACGAUUCUCGUCAGGAACCAGAUGGUGAGGAGUCGGAACUUGAAUUGUUGGCAGCAGGCGCGACAGGUGGCAGUAAUAGUAGCAGUGAUGAUGCCGGUGGCGGUGGUAAUAUCGGACCUCAUCUCAACACGACGCCACCUAAUAUUAUCAAUAACCCUUCACCACCAUUAAAUGCCGUUAAGGUCCCCAAUUGGGUAGCAGGCAGUCACCGUCUGAAAGUUUGCUUCAAUGAGCGUGCCGAGUCACAAUUACAGGAGCUACAAGUGCACCGACAAUGUAUCAUUGAUAUAUUGGAAGCAGACCCACGUUCCGUGUAUCUACGCACUAAAUAUGGUUCUCAGAUAUUCACCUUUCAAUUAAGUGAAGUGACUGUUACAUGCAAAUUCGAUGACAAAGCAGCAAUGGUAACAGUAGUGCAGAUACGUAGAACAGAAAAUGUGCAAGACGAAGAAGUGCCGGAGUAAGAGAGCAAUGAUGAUUAGAAUGAAAGGACUUUUAUGAGCUUCGUUAAGCGUACUUAAUGGCAAUUGAAAGAAUGAUACAGGGGAUAAAAAUACGACAUUGCAAAUUUAUAAAAAACUAGAUAAAGUAUUUGUAGUAACUGCUUAUGCCGAUGAUAGCAAGUUAUGGGUCUAUGAGCUAUUCAUAACAAAUGGAUAUUCAAUGAAUCACCUCCUGCUGCUACAAUGCACUUUAAGUUGUUUUCGUUAUUUACUUGCCAGCUGCAAUAUGAUAUGUCAUUUAAUGCAUUUUUCCCCAAUUCAUUGAAAAGUAUUUUAAUGCAGAACCUGCUGUGCAUUUCAUAUAUUCGCUACGCUUUUCUCUUUAUAAGCUUUAAAUUUAUGGGUCGAUUACUGAUGGCAACGAAACUUCAGUUGCGUUGCCAGUGACUGAAAUUGUAUUACAGAUGGCAACUGGCAACUGAAAGCUGGCAACCGAAUUGCCUUAUUGGUAACUGCACUUUUGUGGUUGCCGCAGAAGUUUUGAUUUUGAAAUUUUAUUUAUUUAUUUUUUUCAUCUGUUUCCACGGCUUAAUCAUAUCAAAACUCGAUUAUCUUCAACUUUGUAGCAUUUAACUAUAGCUGCUGUUCAUAAUACACAUUUUCAUUUCAGUGACGUUGCGCUUCGGCAACUCAACUGAGGUUGCGUUGCUAUUCAUAAUCGACCCAUUAGUGUUUAUGUUUAUGGCGUUUUCUGGGCGCUUGAAAUAGAGAUAAAACUACAUAUGUUUAAAAACAUAUCGUUUAGAUUAAAUAAUGUCAAUGACAAUUAUAGCAACAAUUUAAGUAAAUAAAUGUUUAAAAUAUGACUUAUAAAAUUAA